GAUCAGUCCCUAAAUGGUUAGAAACAGGAAAUCAGGCUGUCUGUUUGGAGGGAUUUGGAUUUAAAUGUUCCAUAAGUGGCUUUCAAAUAAGUCUGUGGGCGUAAAAAAACUUUGGGGUCAAACCGGGUCCCACUCGGGCUAAGGUAUGGGUGCCACACCUUGUUGCCAUACCCAGUUGACUCCCGUUAUGUGGCCACUUGGUAGUGCAGUGCGCGUCUUGGACACGGCGCUGCGCUCUCGGCGCUCCGCCGCUCUGCUCGUCUGAAAGCACACCCCGCCCUCCCUCCACCUCCAUCUCCACCUCAACCAGCGCUGAAACCGCACAGCAAGAGCAGAGAGGACGUUCAUCCGCGUCUGUGAUCGUAACCGAGGCACUCCGCUCCCAGCCACACCGGCGUCUCUGACCGAUCCGUCCCCGAGGUGCGUCCCGCUCAUCCGCCCGCCUGCCAGCAGCUCCGCGCCGCGCACAGCCGCUCCGUUCCGUGUCGGCUCGGUCCCCACUGGAGAACAGUUUAUUCCCUGGAAGCUGGAUGAAUUAUUGGAGAGUUGUGAACAAGUGCGAGAAGAAAGCUGAGGCUCGGGAUCUGCCUCCGCGCUCCGUCCAGAGAAGACAAGAUUCAGCCUGAGUUGUGGACGACAAUGGAGGGGACGUCCCUGUAUCUGCCUAUUGUGAUUUUACUGAUGCAAUGUUCCCCCUCCAUUCCUGUUACUGUGUCGACCAUCAGUCACAUUGUGGAGGUGCGCGAGUUCUCAGAUGCGGUGCUGUCCUGCAUGUUCCGCACAGAGAGCGACCAGAACCCACGCAUCGAGUGGAAGAAGAAGGGGAAAGAUGUUUUCUUUGUGUACUUUGAUGGACACUUCAAAGGUCCCUUUGAGGGCCGGGCGACCAUUGAAGCGGCCACGGUGACGCUGCAAAGGGUGACCCAGGAGGAUGCUGGGGUGUACCACUGUGAGAUCAGUGCUCCUCAUGACUCUGUCAACCUGGGCGAGACCAAUGUCACCCUCAAAGUCCUGGUGCCCCCACACACUCCAUCAUGUGAAAUCCCCAGUGGGGCAGUGACAGGCUCAGGGGUGCAGCUGCGCUGUAGGGACCAACAGAGCAUCCCGCCUGCUACAUACUCGUGGUUCAAGGACAGCCAGCUGAUCAGUCCACCUCGCCACGCCAACGCCACAUAUGUAAUCAACUCACACACAGGAAUACUGGAGUUUAAAGCUGUAGCCAAAGAGGACACCGGCCACUACAGCUGCCUGGCUUCGAACAAAGUGGGACCGUCAAAGAUGUGCAAGGGCAAGCACAUGACGAUAGAGGAUGUCAACGUCUCGGCCAUAGUGGCAGCAGUGGGGGUGGUCUGCCUGGUCAUCGUGGUCUGUGGAUGCGGGGGAUUCCUCUUACACCGCAGUGGUUUCUUCAGCCCAGGACACAGAGGAAGGUCAUUUUGGAUCUCCCAGGGUCAUGGUGCAGCCCACAUCAGCAGCCAAACCCUGCACAGAACUGAGGACACGUCCAAUGUCAACUACAUCCCUCCGCCCCAAGAACCCCAGGAUUUUAAACACACCCAGUCAUUCAUGCUCUGAGAAGCUGGUCUUCCUUUGAGAACACAUCACCGUAGUGAUAAGGUGCCAAAAUUGGAUUCUGUGAUUUAUUUUCUCUCUGGACUCUGAAUGAGCUCUUGUUCUCCCAAUACAUGCUAAUUUCAAUCUUCUUCCUCUACCACUUCUUUUGGAUGGGUUAUGACGAGCAACAUUUGCAAGGCUGCUUCUUACUCUUACUUUGCCCUGUGGGUCGCCUCUGUCAUUGACGUUUUCUGCUCUUAUGGGAUUAAGGUACAGAUGCAUGGCACUCUGCUCCCCCCUGGUGGUCAGAUGUUAAAAUUCCAAAUUGAUCUUUUCUGAAUGAUCCAGGGACUAGUAGAGCUUUCCCCAGACUUUGUUUCUCCCCUCUGCAGGCCAAUCGUUUUAACUACCUUUGUUUUCUUUUACCAAAGACUGACCAUUUAAUUUAAAGGAUUUAUUUGCUUUAAAAAGAUUGAAUCAUCACAAGGGAAUUCUCCUUAAAGCCAUAGUUUUGGAAAGCAUUGUUUUCAAUCUACUCUAACAAAUGCAGGUUACCUCAGCAACUGCCACAUGCCAAUGUUUUGUCUUCUGUAACACUGGGGCCCCCAGCGCCACACAAGAUCCUCAUGAUCUUAGUAACAACACGAAACCAGACCAAGCCAGUCUAGGAGAACAGGAAGCCACUCCAGCCAAUUAUACUGAGACCAACCCCAUUCCAUCCUAAUGUGCCUGCAUGGUCUUUAUACACAUAUAUAUACCUUGUGCCUUUUUAAUUUGUCUGUCAUAUUUAUCUAUGAUCACAGUUUUUUGUAAAGAACUUGCCUUACUUUUUUCUGUCUUUAUAUUUUUGUGCCACUGUUUAAUGUUUAUCGAAAUGGAGUAUCUGUUUUUAGACAGUGUGUGAAUGGAUUGUUCAGAGUUUUAUUUGAAUGAUGUAUAAGUAAUAAAAGGUUUUUCUAUUCAAAA